UAAAUUGGGCGCCGCUCCAGCCGCUACAUCCAAUCCACUCCCUCUUUUCUCUCUUGUGACCUCACGGGUCACUAGAGGCCACUGCGCGCGGUUACCAGCGCCGAGCUGCAGCAGCAAUGGCGUCGCCGAUGCUAAAUGCAUCUCCACUCCUCCAGUUGGUAUGCGUCCUCCUGGUGGCCGCGUCGUCGACGGUGGCCGGGCGCCACCACUACUCCCCAGCAGCGUCCAGGAGCGAGCAAAGCACGUACCUGUCGCCCAACUGCCGGGCGCACACGGCGUCGCUGGCGGACUUCGGCGCCGUGGGCGACGGCACGACGUCCAACACGGCGGCAUUCCGUUCGGCGGUGGACCACCUGUCGCAGUACUCCGGCGAGGGCGGCGCCAUGCUGUACGUGCCGGCGGGGAAGUGGCUGACGGGGCCCUUCAACCUGACGAGCCACUUCACGCUCUUCCUGCACAGCGACGCCGUCAUCCUGGGAUCGCAGGAUAUCGGCGAGUGGCCGGUGAUCGACCCCCUCCCUUCGUACGGGCGAGGCCGGGACAAGGCCGGCGGUCGGUACGCGAGCCUGAUCGGCGGGUCGAACCUGACGGACGUGGUGGUCACCGGCGACAAUGGCACGAUCGACGGGCAGGGCGCGGUGUGGUGGUCCAAGUUCCGCAGCAACAAGCUCAAGUACACGCGGGGUUACCUGAUCGAGGUGCUGUGGUCGGACACGGUGGUGGUGGCCAACGUGACGCUGCUCAACUCGCCGGCGUGGAACAUCCACCCGGUGUACAGCCGCAACAUCGUGGUGCAGGGCGUCACGAUCCUGGCGCCGACGCGGUCCCCCAACACGGACGGCAUCAACCCGGACUCGUGCGCCCACGUCCGCAUCCAGGACUGCUACGUCGUCUCCGGCGACGACUGCGUGGCCAUCAAGAGCGGCUGGGACGAGUACGGCAUCCGGGUCGGCAUGCCCAGCGAGCACAUCGUCGUCCGCCGCCUCACCUGCGUGUCGCCCACCAGCGCCGUCAUCGCGCUCGGCAGCGAGAUGUCGGGCGGCAUCCGGGACGUGCGCGCCGAGGACAUCGCCGCCGUCGACUCCGAGUCGGGCGUGCGGAUCAAGACCGCCGUGGGGCGGGGCGCCUACGUGCGCGACGUGUUCGUGCGGCGGAUGACGCUCCAGACCAUGAAGUGGGUGUUCUGGAUGACGGGCAACUACAAGUCCCACCCGGACGACGGCUUCGACCCGAGCGCGGUGCCCUUGGUGGAGGGCAUCAGCUACCAGGACGUGGUGGCGACGGGGGUGUACAAGGCGGCGGCGCGCCUCGAGGGCAUCCAGGGCGCGCCCUUCCGGGGCAUCUGCCUCGCCAACGUCACGGCCGAGCUCGACAAAUCGAAGAAGUACCCCUGGACCUGCACCGACGUCGAGGGCGUGUCGGCCAACGUCACCCCGCCGCCGUGCGACGCGCUGCAGCAGAGCGGCGGCGGCGACGUCGCCGGCGGCUGCCCCUUCCCGACGGACACGCUGCCCAUCGACCAGCUCACCCUGCAGCACUGCGCCUACGACGUCCCAAGCAGCAGCAACUAGCUGCUGCUGCUACUACUACUAGUCUGAUCUGAAAACAAUUACUUACUGUAAUAAGGAAACAGGAAAGGACCGUGCCGUGCGUGUGCUAGUUGAAUUUCCCUCCUCAUACAGUCAUACUCUCUGUACUAAUCAAAAGAUUAAGGAGGCUGCUGCCCUGGCCGGCCCUGCAAGUUGUACUAUGUUCGUCUCAGUUUGUUGCUACUUACUAGCUCUGCCCGAAAAUCAGAAUGUUGCAUGUCUCAAA